UGAAAAGUCCGAAAAAUCACCAAAAAAUUUCAAAAUUUCGAUACCAAGUACACGUGUACCGAUCUCAUUGGAAGUUGAACAAACACACCCACCCCCUAACGGCGGCAAUCACCGCCGUUUUCGCGGCCAACCGGCUACCGUUUUGGUUUUUACCCUUUUUACCAAAUAGAUAGAGAUAAACUUCAUUUUAUUGUUUACCACAGCGGAAUCUGGGUUUUCUUCGCUUCUAAUUCAAAAUCAAAAGCUACUGAAAAUAAUAUAUACAAGGAUAUCACUAUGUACGAGCAAGAUCCCGAUAUUGUUCGGUGGGGCCUACACCUCAUAGAUUUUUGCUCUCUAACAAAUAACGGUUCUCCAGAAACUGUUACGCGUUUCGAAAACGACUUGUCUUCGACUGGCUCUGUAAGAGAAGGUUUACUAUGUAGUCCAAAACCGCGGUCUUAUGUUGAGAACGACGAAGUAAUAGCUCACGCUCUUCAAGAAGAAUUAUCGAAGCUUGAUAACGAAGAGGCAUUAGGGUUUACCUCUAACGGGGAACACCAUCAAAAAGCAUCUAUUCUUGCUCAAGAUUGGAUUCCUUCGCAAACAAACUCGAAUUCUGAAAAUCAGAGUAAUGACGGAAAGACGGGAAAGAAUGAAGCAUGUUUAUGUGAAUUGGAAGAAUUAUCGGUUACGAAUGAGGAUCGAGAUAUUUUACCGGAGAUAGAAUCUGAGUCGGCUCUCGAUGGUGAAUUGGGCAAAAGGCUGAAUCGGAUGGUUCCAGUUGCGCAUGUUCCUAAGAUUAAUGGAGAAAUCCCGUCUGUCGAUGAAGCCACGUCAGAUCAUCAAAGGCUGUUGGACAGAUUACAGCUAUAUGAUUUAGUUGAACUAAAAAUAUCGGGAGAUGGUAAUUGUCAGUUCCGUUCGUUGUCAGAUCAAAUAUAUCGAAGCUCAGAUCAUCACAAAUUCGUUAGAGAACAAAUAGUGAACCAGCUGAAGUCACGAGCUGAAUUGUAUGAGAAUUACGUACCCAUGGCUUACGGUGAAUACUUGAAGAAAAUGAGCAAGAACGGGGAAUGGGGUGAUCAUGUAACGUUACAGGCUGCUUCGGAUUGGUUUGGCAUCAAGAUAUUUGUCGUAACAUCAUUCAAGGAUACAUGCUAUAUUGAGAUACUUCCACAAAAUCAGAAGUCAAAUAGAAUUAUAUUCUUGAGCUUCUGGGCCGAAGUUCACUACAAUUCAAUUUAUCCAUUAGGAGAAUUGCCUUUCGUGGAGGAGAGCAAGAAAAAGAAGCGGUGGUGGUGGUGACGAAUUUCGUCGUGAGUUUUGAAAGAGUUUAGCAGGGCCUUUUAUAUACAUUAGUUACCAAUUUAUUUAUUUAUUUUAUUUUUUUGCUUACCUGUACAUAGCAAUUUUGGUGACACAAAAAGCAUUGCAUCUAUUCUUUGAUUGUUACUUUUUUUUAUUCAUGUAAAUAUAUUAACCUUCUUUUUUCUUUAA